AUGUCGUUAAACAAAGUGUACCUAUCCAACCGCAAGAUACUCCUGCAGGACAAUGAAGAUAUCCUCCUGUUCGCCUCCGACGUAUCCCUGCAGUGGUCGGGCCAGUUCCACGGUCCCUUCCACGGCACCAAAAACGGCUUCCUCUACUUGACCAACGAGCGCCUGAUCUUCAUCAACAAGGCCCAGAAGGACCUGAUGCUGACGUUCAGCUUUCCCUACGAGUCGCUGGAGGAGGUGGAGCUGUCGCAGCCCGGCCUCGGGCCCAACUACCUCAAAGGGCGAGUGGUCGCCGAGCCGGAGGGCAAUUGGACGGGAGCCGCCAAUUUCAAGUUGAUCUUCAAGAACGGCGGCGCCUUGGAGUUCGCCAAGUGCAUGUUGCAGUGCAGCAAGACGCCCGUCAGCGCAUCAGCCGCCAGCAAUGAAGAUCUCUACGAAGCGCCGAGCUUCUCUCUUCCGCUGGAGGUGCCGUUGGAUUACAAUUUGAACGACAUUCAGAGCAGCUUGAGUUUAUAA